AUCGAUGGCCCACAACGAUAUCUUUAGUAUUCGUCAGUUCUACUUUCAGUUUCACAUUUCACAACAACCUGUCAGUUUACUAAAUUUUUGUAAUCUAUAGGGAAACCUCACACUCGAUGGUCCAUGAUGUUCACUUUAUUUUUUGGAAUACAUUUUGCUAUAAGAACAUUGAUAGAUUGGGUCUUACGUGAUGACAAUCCUGAUGACGAGAUACAAAAUGACCUUGACAAGGAAUAUGCUGACCUUCAAAAUGACCUUGACAAGGAAUAUGCUGACCUUCAAAAUGAGAAACAUUUUCUCAGGGAUGUAAAGGGUACGGAAGGUAAACAAGAGACACAUAUCUUUGUUGAUAGAAAUGCAGAAGUUGAAAAGCAUCUAUUCAUAGCAAAAAAUGAAAACCUAAAAGAUGCGUGUCAUAUAGAUGUAGAAUCAAAAUUUGACAAAAAUAAUUCAAGUAAAGGAGGGAAAGUUGUCCCAGUUGUUGAGGAGAUAUUUUCUAGUCAAAAAGCUGAAGUUGCUCAAACAAAAAACGGAGGGAUGGCAGAUUGUAGUAAUGCUGAUAAAGUUGUCCGAGUAAAAGCGGCCCGAUUAUCCGGGGGAGUAACUCCAGCGAAACGAGCAAUUAAAAAACGACCUGAUGAAGAUCUCAGAUAUAGGAAACCGACAAAGCCUGAAAGAGAGGAUACUGAAGUUAAGGAAGUGAUUGUUCCAAUGAAAGGCAUGAAGUUGUCAUCUGCUAUUGCAGAACAGAUUGUACAGAAAUCGUUUGAUGUAACAAAAGUGUAUGGCUACCAUCAGAUGCCGUAUCUUAGUGAUGCAGCUACUGUCGACUUUAUAAAACACUCACAUACGAUGUUUAUUAUGCGAGGCCUUCCUGGUAGUGGUAAAUCAACAUUAGUAAAGUGCCUACAGGAAGUUUAUAAAGGCAUAGUCUGCUCGGCUGAUGACUUCUUUUAUGACAAUGAUGGCACAUACAAUUUUGACGCUGGCAGGCUGUCUGAGGCGCACAAGUUUUGUCAAGAUAAAGCGAGUUAUCACUGUGAUAAAGGCAAACCUGUAGUGAUAAUUGAUAACACAAAUAUACAACGCUGGUCAAUGUCUUUCUACGUGAAACUUGCACAGAACAGUUGUCACUAUCAUGUUGUCAUCGUAGAACCCAGGACGCCAUGGCGAUACGACCCCGACGAGCUUGCUGCGAGAAAUAUACACAAUGUAGACAGAGAUUUGAUAUCAAAGAAAUUGAAGAGUUUAACAGAUAAUGUGUACAGGCCACUGUACUAUGGAUGGUUUGUUUGCAAGACAGACUCCAGUUUGCUGGUGAAGAAAUCUAGAGAAGUGUUAAAGCAGUGCCUUGAUGAAAUAUUAUGGCCCGAUCUCGGUGCGGAGGAUGUUUCCGACAGUUUUAGAGCUUUAGAAGAAAUUUUGAACAAUGUGGUUAUUUGUUACACGGAUCCAGUCCCAAUGCUUCACUGUACAGCUGCCUACCUAGCCAGGAGGUCGAAGGAUGCCUACCACACUGAAGAAUAUGUGCUCGAAUCUCUGGGUAAAGCAUUUAGUCUGCGUAUCUCGGGGUUCGUUUACAGCAAGCAAGCAAUCAGCGCCAGGGUGGACAUUGUAGAAAGCACUUGCAAUACUUUAAAAGCUGGUUAUUUGGCGGCUAAAUCCCGAACUCUUGGUGCUGAAGGUAAUGGAAUAAAUGACACAAAUAUUGUCGCUAAACUUUACAUGAAGACAGAAGAAGAAAAGUUGCGUGACAAAUACAGUGAUGUCCAUUUACAUUCCCAAGACAGCGAGAAAAAACAUUCCCUGUUCAACCAUGGGUGCAGCGCUCAUAUAACUAUAUCCUAUGCAAAUGACGGCCAAUCAAAAUUAAGCGGUGAAAACUUACUGAACAUCCUAGAGUUGGAAUUCUACGGAAAAGUGAAGCAGAAAAGGUCAAAGGUCGGAUUAGUAUCUGCCUAUGGAAAUGAUAUGUUCCAAAUACAGUUGAGUGAACCUAUUGAAGUUAAAAGCUUAUUCCAGGGAUUUUAUUCAAAUAGAGGCUAAAUACAACAUUGAGUUAUAUAUACAAACCAGAACUUUGCGUGUAGGGAUCAUAGCUGAAGUAACUUUGUUGUGUUUUUACAAAACAAAUUUUACAAUUUUUUUUUCUUCAUGCCGUCCUUUUUUGUAACUGCAUGAUGACAAUUAUAGUGCUAGAUUCGAUUUUCUUGCAGAGAAAGUCCAUUAUUUUUGUUGUAUUAUCAAAUAAGAAUAAAAUGUGUUAUGCUUUGUACAUGCAAUAAACAACUAACUUUUGCUUUCUUUCAAGAUUUAUGUACAUUUACUUCGAUUUUUUUUUAUUUUCUGUUUUAAUGGGGCUACUACAGAUUUUC